GCAGCUCUCUGUACUUGUACUUACUAAACUAAGAACUGCUUUGCACCCAGCAUGAAGCCUAACAUCUUUAUACUUUUACUCCUGGUUUGGACCACAGAUGCACUCAUACGAAUACCCCUGAAGAAAUUUCCUUCCAUCAGGCGCACCUUAAGUGACAGCAUGACCAAGGAAGAAUUUAAUGGUGCCACAAAGGAAUUUCUAAAGCAACAGACGAUCCCUGAGAAACUUACUAACUACUUAGAUGCACAGUACUAUGGUGAGAUCUUCAUUGGGACUCCACCGCAGAAGUUUGCUGUCAUAUUUGACACAGGUUCUUCUAAUCUCUGGGUUCCGUCCAUUAAGUGCUCCUUCUUCGAUUUUGCAUGCUGGCUUCAUAAGAAAUAUAGGUCCAAGGACUCAUCCACCUAUCAACAGAACAACACUGAGUUUGCAAUUCAAUAUGGGACCGGCAGCCUGAGCGGAUUCCUGAGCCAAGAUACAGUCACUGUCGGCAGUAUAGACGUCGCUAACCAGACAUUUGCCGAAGCAGUCAAACAGCCUGGGAUUGUGUUUGUCUUCGCUCACUUUGAUGGUAUCCUUGGAAUGGGUUACCCCAACAUCUCUGUCGAUGGCGUAGUGCCAGUCUUCGAUAACAUGAUGGAACAGAAGCUGCUGGAAGAGAACGUGUUCUCAUUUUACUUGAGCAGAGACCCCAUGGCGAUGGUUGGAGGGGAGCUCGUUCUAGGAGGCACAGACCCAAAUUAUUACACUGGAGACUUCCAUUACCUGAAUGUCACUCGGAUGGCGUAUUGGCAAAUCAAGGCAGAUGAGGUCAGAGUGGCCAAUCAACUUGUCCUGUGCAAAGGGGGUUGCCAGGCCAUAGUGGACACUGGAACCUCCCUCAUAACUGGGCCAAGAGAGGAAAUUCGUGCCCUGCACAAAGCUAUUGGAGCAUUUCCACUCUUCUCUGGAGAGUACUUUGUUAACUGCAAGAGGAUCCAGUCCCUACCUACAGUAUCAUUUAUUCUUGGAGGUGUGGCGUACAACCUUACAGGGGAACAGUAUGUACUGAAGAUAUCAAAGUUCGGGCACACCUUGUGUCUCAGCGGGUUCAUGGGGCUGGACAUACGCCCACCUGCUGGCCCCUUGUGGAUCCUGGGCGAUGUCUUCAUUGGGCAGUAUUACACUGUGUUUGACCGAGACAAUGACCGCGUGGGCUUUGCAACUGCUAAACAAGUGAAAGGGAAUAAACUGGACCUCACCUAUAAGGACCACUCAUAGGCAUUGAGACAAUCACCCAAUCACCUCUUAAGCUUUAUAAUCAAGAUCAGUUUGUGUAUCAUUAAGGGAACAAUUCACACUUCUGUUAUAAACAUCUGAAAGGCCCACUUUCACAGAAGAAGCAAAUUUUAGAUGCAUGAGUAGCAGGUGUGUGGUAGAGCAGGGAUGUUAGACCUGUUGCCCUCAAUAUAUUUACCGUAACCCCCUAAAAUAUCACCUGGGACUUCACGUAUAUCACUUCUGUUCUACAACCAUAUAUUGUCUAUUGUACAUGCUAUGCAACUCAUAAUUUCUGAUUGUCUGAGACCUCUAUAGGCACUGGUCAGACAAAGCAUACUAAAUGUUUCUCUAAUAUGCAGCAAAGGAGGCAAGACUUUCAGUGAGGCAUGGUAUGUGUUGGCCUUACAUUUAAGGCUUUAUUGAUGAAACAAAGGCAACUUUCAAAGUGCAAAAUGGCCCUUUAUUGCACUUUGCAUGUUACCCCACAAGUUACUCUGAGGCACAGGUCCAUUCUAGGAAUGCAAAAUGUUGUCUCCAUUUGGAACGCCUCCUACUUUGUGUGUCAUUCAACCAUGCAAGGGAGCACCAGGGGCCACAAAAGCAGGACUUAAUGCAUUUAAUUACUGCCCAUUCAUAAUGCAGCACACUCUUUAGGAAGCAUAAGCAAGAGAAAAGGAUGUGGAUGAGGGACAAAGGGUUGAAUGGAAGGGGGGGGGGGGGGUGAGAUGGCUUGGCAAGCAGAGAAUGAUGAAAGGUAAGAGACCAAAGACAAGAGACAGGUUGAACGUAAGUAUAAGGAUUAGAAAGGGAAAAUAAUUUGUUGCCAGGCAUCAUAGGCUGUGGCACUGUAGCCAUUGUGGCCACUAGCCCAAGGCCUAACUAGGUACAUUCAGCUAAAAGGAAAUGGCCUUUUACUGUAUUUAGACCUACAAAUUUACACCAUUCAACAAUAGGCAGAAGAGCCAGGGGCCAAUGCUUGCUGUACGCUGGGAGGCAUACAACUGGCUAUUAUAUACAUAUUCCCAACUAUACUAGCAGUCUCCAUAUUCUCCUUCUUCCUCAGUCCUGAGUUUAUUUCCCAUAUAAAGCCUGGCUACCCCCCCAAUCAUAUAUACAGGCCGUAUUACCUCCUGCUUAUGUAAAUCUAGAAUGGAACCUACAGUAUUUUUCUCUUUUUGCGUUCUUAUUUUGAAUCUCCCUUGUGGCUGCAACUUACCACCUUGGCUGGUUUAUAGAAACUCCUCUAAAAGCGGAUAUGUUAACUAGAGGAGACCUUUUAGCGGGGUAUCCUACACAUGUGAGCUAGCUCAGGAAAGCAAGGGGGUCCCUGCUCCACUGCCUAGUAACCCUCCACUGCCUACCCCAAAAGGAAAGACAUCAGUUGUGCUGAGGCUCUCCACAGUUGGCCAAGUUUCUCCUGCCUGUGGCUAGUGAUACAUGGGAAUAUGUUACUGCUGCAUAGGUUCACAUAUAUCUGCACUGAAAUUCUCUGCCGUGUCCUCUAUUUCUCACUAUGGUUAAUAAACAGAGUGUAUAUGCUCA